AUGAACUCGCAGUUCCAUUCCCACGCUGUAUCACUUCUAUCAGCACGUGCUGGCACCUACGAUCUCGCCGGCACCAUCCCCACGCUGCGUCUCUUCUACCAGCAGUCCAGUGAGACGUACGAGACAGCAUGCACGCGCUACAUCGACUCAGUCAUCUUCGGGAAUUUCGACAAGCUGUUUGACUAUUUUCAGAAGAUCAAGAACCUGCUGCUGACCAUUGAAACUGAGGAGAUUCCGUUCCAAAUCGGCUUCAGCAAAGCUGACCUUCGGAAAGUGCUCAAGUCGCAACUCACAGGGGUGGAUCGGUCGCUCAACUCCAUGUUCAACAAGAUGAGGAAGAACCUCACGUCGGGAGACCUGCUUCCCUCGCUCUGGCUCAAGUGCAGGCGCCUUACACAUGCGCAUCUGCUUCCCUCGCUCUGGCUCAAGUGCCAGGAGAGCUUUAUGGAACGAUACGAGGAAUUGGAGGCUGUUGUGGCGAAGUGCUAUGCGAAUGAAGCUAUCAGCCCGUCUUCCCGGGAAAUGCGUGAUGCCUUCAACUCCAUUGUUGCUUGA